AUGUCUACAGACCUUCUACGGCCAGCGAUUCUGAUCAUCUCAGAUACCGCCUCUAUCAACCCGCAAAGUGACAAGUCUGGCCCGGCCUUGACAGAGAUAUUCGCAUCACCCCAACAUUCCAAGAGCUGGGCGACACCUAUUGUCAAGAUUGUGCCUGAUGAUUUUGAUCAGAUUCAGAAUACUGUUAAGGAAUGGGCUGAUAAUAAGGAUGAUCGAUUCAAUUUGAUUUUGACGAGUGGUGGGACGGGGUUUGCGGUUAAGGAUGGGACGCCGGAGACAAUAUCACCUUUGAUUCAUCGCCAUGCGCCGGGACUUGUGCACGGCAUGAUUGCCGCAUCUUUGAAAGUGACUCCAUUUGCUAUGAUGGCUCGCCCCGUGGCAGGAACAAGAAACCAGUCCCUGAUCAUCACACUUCCAGGGUCACCAAAAGGUGCCAAGGAGAAUCUUGAAGCCGUCAUCAAUCUCCUCCCGCAUGCUUGUAUCCAAGCCGCUGGUGCAAACUCGCGUGAAAUCCACGCAAAGGGGAUCAAGAAACUAGAAGAAGAUGCCGGGGUAUCGUCUCAAUCCGCAAAGGAAAAAGCCCACAGCCAUAGCCAUCACCACCAUCACCAUCACCCAAAUCACGACCACGGACACGCAAUUCCAAAAGCACACACAUCUCCAGAAGAUCGACCACAAUCUAACGACCCCAACGCUGGUCCUACCAGGAGAUAUCGCUCCUCGCCUUACCCAAUGCUUUCAGUCGAAGAAGCCCUCAAAAUCAUCGCACAAGAAACACCCGAACCCGCAAUUGUAGAAAUCCCUGUCACCACCGAUCUCGUAGGCUCAGUGAUUGCCGAAGACAUUUAUGCUCGCGAGGCUGUACCAGCUUAUCGUGCAAGUAUUGUGGAUGGAUACGCAAUCAUUGUACCCAACGACGGAACCGGACCCAAAUCAAAGGGUAUUUUCCCGGUAGCUUCUGUCUCACACGCUCAAGCAACAUCUAUGCCUCCACCCCUUGAGCCGGGGAACAUCGCACGAAUCACGACUGGUGCACCCUUACCACCAAACGCAAACGCCGUAGUCAUGGUCGAAGACACGGUUCUCGCAUCUACAACGCCCGACGGAAAGGAAGAAGCAACCGUCGAAAUAUUGACAGAUGAUAUCAAAAUCGGCGAAAACGUGCGCGAACCAGGUAGUGACGUGAGCAAAGGCUCAAAAAUCCUGUCAAAGGGGGACCUGAUAUCCGCCAUUGGCGGCGAAAUCGGCCUCCUCGCGUCGACGGGUACAAGAACCGUGAAAAUCUUCAAAAAACCUACUGUCGGCGUAAUGAGUACAGGCGAUGAACUAGUCCCCCAUGACGAACCCGUGUCUCUUUAUGGUGGUCAAAUCCGUGAUUCUAACAGGCCAUCCUUGAUCUCCUGCCUACGCGCCUGGGGCUUUGAGACCGUUGACCUUGGUAUAGCCCGAGACACACCCGCCGGCGAACUCGAGAAUGCUCUUCGGGGCGCAUUGCGCGGCACAUCAGCUUCUCAGCCCGCUGUAGAUGUUAUUAUCACAACGGGGGGUGUAUCAAUGGGUGAACUGGAUCUCCUCAAACCAACCAUCGAGCGUACCCUAGGCGGCACAAUUCAUUUUGGUAGAGUCUCCAUGAAACCCGGCAAACCGACUACGUUUGCAAGUGUGCCUUACAAACCUUCCUCCUCCUCCUCCUCGUCGUCGUCGGUCUCUGGACAACAGCAGGAAAGGGAGCGAAGACUCAUAUUCUCGUUACCGGGAAACCCGGCCUCGGCCCUCGUCACGUUGAACCUCUUCGUUCUCCCAUCGCUACACAAAUUAAUGGGCCUCGCAAAUCAAAACGCUUCUCCUAUCAACAACACAGUAGGCUCGGGCUUGGGUCUACCACUUAUAACAGCAACACUCACACACGCAAUCCCGCUCGAUGCCAAACGGACGGACUAUCAUCGCGCUAUUGUGAGCGCAUCUCGUCGUGAUGGGAGGUUGUAUGCGACUAGUACGGGGAUGACGGGUGUUGGGCAGAGAAGCUCUAGGGUUGGCAGUCUGGCGAAGGCGAAUGCGUUGUUGGUUCUGUAUCCAGGACAAGGGUUGGUAAAGGAGGGCCAGACCGUGGAGGCGUUGUUGAUGGGUGGGUUGAUAGCGGAGGAUUAG